UCUCUAUAUAGGGGUAGUUAGGUAAUUUCACACUGCUUUGAUGAGAAGCUUAUAUUAUAAGGCUAGAAGUUAAUUCAGAGACAAAAAGAAGCGUUGCUCAUACAAAUUUUGUGAAUGGAGCAUCAUUUGCAAUGUGCUGCAGAAGAUGACGUGGCAGAAGCAGCGGUGACCACCGCCGUGGAGAAAUCCGACAGCGUGCGCGGCGGAACGCGCCACCCAGUCUACCGCGGCGUCCGGAAGCGGCGAUGGGGCAAAUGGGUGUCUGAAAUUCGGGAGCCGAGGAAGAAGUCUCGCAUAUGGCUGGGGUCGUUUCCGUUGCCGGAGAUGGCGGCGAAGGCCUACGACGUCGCCGCCUACUGCCUGAAGGGACGCAAGGCGCAGCUCAACUUCCCCAACGAGGUUCACCGCCUUCCGCCGCUGCCUCCGCCGUCUUCUUGCACUGCAAGGGACAUCCAGGCGGCGGCGGCCAAGGCAGCUCGCAUGAUGGCCAAGAGAGCCUCCGCCGUGUCGCCGGAGAAGAGCGUUGUUACCUCGGAUAGCGACGGCAGCGUAGCAGAGGACUUCUGGGGUGAGAUAGAGCUGCCAGAGCUCAUGAACGGCAGCUGGUGGAGUUCUUCCGGUGACAUCACGGCGUUGCCGGAGGUUGAGGUGCCACCGCAGCAACCUUUCACGGCGUGCCUGUAAUGUGUAUUAAUGGUUAUUUAUGCUAGCUGUGGUUUGGUUAGUGUACAUUAAUUGCUUAUAUAACCUACUCUAUGUUUUCUGAUCAAAAUAUUCAUUAUGACUGAGAUUAUCAUUUAUCAGUACUAAUAGCAAUUGUUUUACUCA